AUGAGUAUCAUUGAUCAUGUUGUUAACGACUGGAAUAGUUGUAAUGGGAAGUCGAGUUCUACCACCAGUCUAACAGAAGAGUCGGCCAUUUCGAAAUCAUACGACAACUUACCAAGGUUCACGAACUUGUCAGUUUUCCAUGUAAAUCUGGGCAAUUAUGCCAUGGCAAGUGCUUCUAGUUCUGAUAUAGACCUUGAAAGUUGUGAGUCCAGUAAAAAAUCAACUAGUGGUACACCAGUCAUUGUGGAUAACGAGUUCUACAUCAAGUCGUUCAAUAGUAAACUUAGUCCUGUGUCUGAUCAUCCUAACAUUUUUCGGAUCCAAAACAUCGAUGAUUUUCUAGAACUCAUUCAAUUUUACUAUGCCAGCAAAUUAUUACCUUCUGAGAAGUGUUUUCCUUAUUUUCAUGGAUUGAAUAGUAUUAGACAACGAAUCUUUUUUUGUGGGAAUCUGAACAUUGAAAGCCAUGACUCCUUGGCACUCCAAAACAACGUUGUGUUACCUGAUCUGUUAAGAGAACAUUUCCACUUAAUGUUCAUUAACUCAAAAGAAUCAGGUCGUCAGCUAAACAAUCUGUGUCAUUUAAGUGAUUUGCUUACACCCAAGGAAGAGAUGAUUAAUUUUAAUGCACCACAAGAACAUGCUGAGUUUAUUCAAUACAAAGAAUUUAACCAUGUUAAUGAAUUUUCCCCGGUCCUAAAUGAAUUGAACAAUCGUAACUUUUCUCUGCAAAUGAAACUAAUGGCACCAUUGUCUAACUUUCUAAUUUACAAUGAUUCAAUGGACUUUUCAAUAAACUUGAACUCGGCAUUAACCGUAAAUGAAUUGACAACCGAUAAAUUUAUUUAUAUUGUUGACGUACCAUUACAGGACUGGAACCUGGUGGAUCCCAGCUAUUUCACUGAUUUGCAUGAAGAUGAUUUAUUUCGCAAGGAGCAGAAUAUGCUUUUCAAGUUGAAUUCUAUGAAAUCCCCAUUUCCCAAUGUUUUUACAGGUACAAUAGAGGAUUUUCAAACUUUGUACUCUACUGAUCAUGGUUUUAAAAUAUUAAUUCACUGUCAUAAAGAUGCAGAGUUUCCUAAAUUGUCUGAGUUGCAGAAGUUUCUAGACAAUACUAAGCACGAUGUACCUUUAUUCUUGGAAUUCCCGUCUUCUGGCUCAUUACAUUCGUCAUCAAUAACAUUUAAUCAAACUUUAUGUUACCUAAACAUUUUGAAAUUGAUACAUCAUUAUGUUAGGAUUCAUGACGAAAAUGUCUUUAUUUUCUCUGGUGACGGAUUUACAGAAUUAUCGAUGUUAACCUUAUCACUAGGUUGUCUUUGGGACGUCGAUAAGAAAUGUGGGUUAAUUGAGGAAGUCAUAUUAGCAAUGUUGGGUAGUGAUAGAGAUUUACGUCUUUAUUUUUUUAAAAAUGACUUGGUAUUUCUAAAAAAAAUCGAAAGAAUAAUUAAUUGGAUUAAAUUAUUGAAAUUAAAUGAUCGAGAUCUUAUCAUUGAUUUGGAUUAUGAAGAGAUUAAUGUUUAUUACAAUUUAAGUGUUCAGAAGAUUACUCCGCUACUUUACGAUUGGUUUAACUUUGAGGAAGACAACAACUUCCCAUCAAAAAUUUUACCCAAUUUAUACCUUGGUUCGCUAAAGCAUGCUUCAUCAUACAUCGUAACUGAGUGUUUAAAAAUUUCCAAGAUUAUAUGUGUUGGUGAAAGACCACUUUGGUUCAGUCAAUUAAAUAUUAUUUUUGAGCAUGAAAUGAAUGAAAUUGAUCCCACUAACAAAGAAGUUAUAAAGCCUAUUUAUUCUUUUAAUCAUGAUCUUACAAAGGUUUAUGAAGUUUCCAAUAUUAAUCUAAAGAGAUAUCCUACAAUUAAACUGAUCAUUUUUAUAUACAAUUUGAAAGAUGAUGGUAGAGAUUCGAUGUUACCUUUGCUUACAGAUUGUCCUCCUGAAGUCCAAUCGAAAAUCUUAAUUAAUCCCGAGAAUUUACAUGAAAAUACUUUGAUUCACUGUAGAAUUGGUGUUUCUAGGUCGGCAACGUUGGCCAUAGCUCUGGUUAUGAAAUUUGGGAGCAUGUCGUUAAUAGAUGCCUACAUGUUUGUAAGAGUCCGAAGGUUUAACAUUAUUAUCCAACCUAAUUUAAGGCUUUUCUACGAAUUAUUUUGCUUCGAAGAGUAUUUAAAUCAGGGCCAUAGGACGUACUCUUGGUGGAGUUUAUGUCACGACAUUUCCAAACUCAAUAGGCAUUAUUUCAAUUAA